UGUAUUAUGGGAUGUCUACUUAGUAGUCAGCAGUUUGAAGUGAAUAUCGUGAAGUAAAAAGAUCUAGGGAUAAGCAGAAUUUUUUCGUUUUACAAAAUUGAUCGUAAUUAGUCUUUUAAUUAUGAGCCAAAAAUCUGCAAACUCAAGGAUUCCGCGAGUUACAAAUCGGGCCGUUGCUGUAAGUGUAAAUGUGAGCCGGGGUCGGGGAAAAGGAUUUAGACUUCGAGGAAAUGUUGGAGCGUGUUUUCAUCUCCAACAAAAAGAACCUACUCUUCAUCCACAGAUAAUUAAGCAAGCUCGACAAAGUGGGCAACUGAAUUUGUCUAACAGGGGCAUGGUGGAAGUUCCCGAUGUUGUGUGGGACAUCAAUAACAUCACACCGGAGAAAAGUAAAAUGCUUUCAGUAUCUUUGGAUGAUACUGAUGGAGAGAAAUGGUGGGAUCAAGUAGAAUUGACCAAGUUAAUCUUAGCUUCUAACAAACUAUCCACAAUUCCAUCAAAGAUUUCAAACCUUCAGGCUCUCACUGUGCUUGAUGUUCAUGAUAAUCAACUAACUACUCUACCAGAUUCUAUAGGUGACUUACAAGCUCUUACAAGACUAAAUUUAAGCCAUAAUCAUCUCCAAGCCUUGCCGAAGAGUAUUUUCCAGCUUAAGGAGAUGCAUUCUCUUCUUCUGCAAUAUAAUCAGCUAGAAGAGCUUGAUGAAGAUAUUGGUAACCUCCUCUUUUUGGAACAGCUGGACCUCUCACAUAAUAAGUUGGUCAGCAUUCCAUGUACAAUAGGAUACUUAAGUCAUGUGUCUAAGCUGAACCUGUCAAAUAACAAGUUGAAGAUGCUGCCCCCGGAGAUUGGCAGUAUGGAUGCUCUAAGAAAUCUUGAUAUCACUCACAAUUUCCUGACUGAGCUUCCUGAAGAACUUGGUAUUUUGCUGCAUCUGGAACACCUGUAUGUACGUCACAACCAUUUAGUUUGUCUCCCAUUAUUCAGAGGCUCUACUGUUUUAAAGGAAUUGCAGGCAGGGGAUAAUAGAAUUUCUGGAAUCCCACCAGAAUUAUUGGAAACACUGAUGACUGUGAAGGUUUUAGAUCUUCGAGACAAUAAAAUUUCUGUCCUUCCUGAUGAAAUAACUAUGCUGCGAGGUCUUGAGCGCUUAGACCUAACUAACAAUGUUCUGUCUAGUUUACCCAAUGCUCUGGGAACUAUGUCACAUCUGAAGUUUCUGUCAGUAGAAGGUAACCCAAUGAAAAGCAUUCGAAGAGAUGUAAUUCAGCGAGGAACAGUCCACUUACUAAGAUGGCUGAGAAGUAGGAUGGAAGGCUCUCUUUCUGAAGGUGAUGAUAGUGGACAUUGUGUUCACCAGGAAAUUGGACUUCAUAGUGUUGAUAGAUUUACUCUCCAUGUUACUCGUACCCUUGACCUUAGCAACAAAGGAGUGAAGAGCAUUUCAGAAGAGCUUGUUAAAGUAGCUGUUGAGGAAGAUGUUACUUCAGUGGAUCUUAGUAAAAAUGCUCUAACUGAUGUGCCUUCCAGUCUCAAUAUUCUAGCAUUGAAGAUAUCUGAACUAAUCCUGGCUUUUAACAAGUUUUCAUCAUUGUCUCCAGUUGUAGGAAAUUUUUCACGACUCUUGUACUUAGACUUAAGAAAUAACCAGCUGAAUGACCUUCCACUGGAAUUGUCAACACUCACUCUGUUAAAAGAACUGAAUUUAUGCAACAAUAGGUUUGAAGAAUUCCCUCCUGUGGUUUUCACUUUUGAAAAACUGGAGAUCCUAUUUGCUUCAGACAACAAGAUUAGAAUUGUAAAUGUUUCUGGAUUUGCUAAGCUUCCAGUGUUAACUGUUUUGGAUCUUCAGAAUAAUGACAUUUCAAAUGUUCCUCCAGAACUAGGGAAUUUAAGGCAGUUAAGGUCUUUACAACUGGAAGGAAACCCUUUCCGCAAUCCUCGACCAUCAGUUCUGGCAAAAGGAACUCUAGCUCUUCUAGAAUAUUUGAGAGACAGAAUUCCCUGUUAAGCACACUGUAAAUAUAUACUUGUUUAUUAAGCAAGAUGAUCUAUAACAAUUUUUAUUUUUUUAAUUGGACAAAGGAGUCAGAAAUUUAUUACUUUUUUGCUGUUAUAUUUAUUUAUUGUUUUACUUUUACGUUUGGUAUCAGGAAUUGGAUUAAUGUGUCACAUGUUUUUUCAUUUCAAUAUACUUUUUGUAGAGGUUUGGUCCUGCUAAAUUAUCUUUCAUAUUCAUUUCAAAAGAACUUCCUAAUUUUUUUUUAUUCUACAUAGAUCAGUGAACUGUUACUUUUUUACAUAUGGAAAUCAAAUUAAGUGAACAAACUUAGACAAAGAAUACUUUUAUGUGAUGCUUAAUAACCACUAUCUUUUAACUGAGUAUAUUUGCAAUACUAAGUGUAAGAUUACCUGAAAU